CCUAACCACAAAAAAGUUUCAGGACGAGGACGCCGACAGGUCAUAGCUUAGAAGUCUUGCUACGUCUCGUGAGAGAUUUUUAUUGCAAAUGAAAGUGUAAAAAACAGUGUUAUUAAUUAUAAAAAUUUACAUAACUUAUUUUCAAAAUGUUUGAUGCUCACAGUAUCAAUGCUGAGCAUAAAGACUUGAUUCACGAUAUUGCUUACGAUUUUUAUGGACAACGCAUGGCAACAUGUUCCAGUGAUCAAUUUGUCAAGGUUUGGGACGAAGAUGAACAUGAAAAUUGGCACCUCACAGCGUCCUGGAAAGCUCACAGUGGUUCAGUAUGGAAAGUCACAUGGGCUCAUCCAGAAUUUGGCCAAGUUCUUGCUACUUGUUCCUUUGACAGAACAGCCGCUGUUUGGGAAGAAAUUGUUGGAGAAGGUUCGGGUCCUGGAGAACGCGGGAUGCGACAUUGGGUUAGAAGGACAAACUUAGUCGAUUCCCGAACAUCAGUCACCGACAUCAAAUUUGCACCAAAAACUUUGGGACUUUUGCUCGCAACUUGUAGUGCUGAUGGUGUUAUUAGGAUAUAUGAAGCUCCAGAUGUGAUGAAUCUAAGUCAGUGGACUCUUCAGCACGACAUAAGUUGCAAGUUAGCUUGCAGUUGUAUUACUUGGAAUCCUUCUUUAUCCAGAUUGCAUCCACCGAUGAUAGCAGUCGGGAGUGACGAUACAAAUGCAUCGAGUGGAGGGAAAGUUUUCAUCUAUGAAUAUUCUGAAAAUGGAAGAAGAUGGACGAAAACCGAGACCUUGUCAAAUAUCGUCGACCCAGUUCAUGAUAUAGCCUUCGCACCAAAUUUGGGAAGAAGUUUUCACACCCUAGCGAUUGCUACCAAGGACGUUCGGAUAGUCACUUUAAAGCCAAUGCCAGACUCGGCACAGAGUGGAUUGUCACGUUUCGAAAUAGCUUCAUCUGCACAAUUCGACGAUCACUAUUGUACAGUCUGGCGAGUCUGCUGGAAUAUCAUGGGCACAAUUCUCGCAAGUUCCGGAGACGACGGCUGCGUUCGACUUUGGAAAGACAACUACAUCAACAAUUGGAAGUGCGUCGCGGUGCUAAAAGGUGAUGGAACUUCCGCCCAAAGUGCUGAAACGCCUGCAAUAGCGACACCUGCCAAUUCCAGUCACAAUGCUGGAAAUUCAACACCGCUUUCCACCACCAGGUACUACAAAUUGGGUUCCAUCAGUCAUCCAAACCAAGUACCGUGGCACUGAAAGGAAAGCACGAUUUUUUAUUUUCGAAGUAUUUAAUAUCAAUUUUGAUCAGGAAUUUUUAAACGAUCCGACAAGUCGUGUUUACAGUUGUAACAUUUUUCGAAAAUCGUUCUUAGAAAUUUAAAGUUUGAUCAAUAAUAUCAGAUAUUCCUAGCUUUUUUGCCAUCCCAAAUUCAAUGGCAGUACCUACACACUGCAGAUAAGUCUCCUGGCACUUAACCAAAUUUCAGACAGAAAUCAUAAAUGCCUUGUUAUUCGCUUAUUUUUAUGAAUAAAAAUUGUAUAAGAUAAUAUAGAUUUUAAGUUUUGUCUGAAAUUUUGUAAAGUGACAGGUGACUUAUCUGCAGUGUAGAUACGGUGAUUGCAUUUGGGAGGAUUGUUUGAAAAUCGGUACUCAUUGUGUGAUUUUUAUUAAAUACUCCGAACGACGCUCAUAUGUAAUUGUAUCUCUCUCUCUCUCUUUUUUCUUUCAUUUCGUACUUCCUAUUUAGCUCUUAUUUUCAUUUUGUAGUGUUUUAUUCAUAAAGCUUCAGUUUAAUCCAAUUUGAAGUAUUAAAUCAGGAAUGUCCACGGACAUCCCUGGUUUAACUCUAAAUGCUUUUACCACUCAAGACUGUAUAAAAGAUUGCAUAUGCCGCUGGAAGAAAUUUAAUAAAUGUAGUAAACGAGUGACUGAGAAAGCUUGUAUUUUUCGCAAUAAAUGAAAAAUGAAUGAAUAAAUCAA